UUGGCAUGGAGAGCUGCCUUGAUAUCGAGGACGAAGAAGAAGUGCAUGCAUCAAAGGCGGCCGAAUCUGGGGCCUACAGCAAGUGUCGUGGCAAGCGAGAUCAACGGCUUGCGAUGAUAAAGAAGAAAGAGUUUCCGCCACCGAUACCUUUGCUGGCACGUACCGAGAAUCUGCCUUGUCGGAUGCCGUGGGUGCUGAAGAGGCACUACACAAGCGACGGACGGUUGAUCCUCACGGAGGAGCGGGUGAGGCACCACGAGUACUUCCGGGCGCACAGGGCCAAUGGGCGUCUCACAUUGCAGCUUGUGCCCCUCGACGACAGCGUUUGGCCUCCUUCCUCUUCUGCUGACGAGGACGAGUCCGACAAAGAGGAAAAUGAAGAAGCCGAUGAUUAUAUGGAAAGUGAUGACGUUGACGGUGGUGAUCAGGUUGAGAGUGAAAUCAUCGUACGUAAGGAUCGGAUAAGUGUGGUUGAAGAUUCAGCGCCGCCGGCGAAUGGGAGUGCUGGAAUUGGUGGUAAUGGGGCGGGAAAGUGCUUAAAGUACAACAAUGUGGCUUCAGGGUCGUCGUGUUUAUUUGGGGUGCCAGUGCCGGCAAUCAGGACGAUUCAUUAGUUAGCACAAAUCUGCAGUUUAAUGUUACGCAGAUGAGAGGCUGCCAUUUUUGUACGUACGAGUAGAUCGAGCUUCGAUGCUCUUUUUUGCUUUUUGUUGCCCGUUGUCAAUCUUCAUUAAUUAAUCAAAAGGUUCUUCUAGGCCGUUGUUUUGUGCUAUUUUAGGGAUGUUAAAGAGGGGAAUGACUAGG